AUGUCGAUGUCAAUGGGGCGCAGGGUUGGACGGAUGGUUCGUAUUCAACGUUUUCUCAAAGCCAUGCCACUGCGCCUGUGGCGAGCGUAUCCAGAGCAUGUUCUAUUUGGCAGUACGUUUGGCCUUGCUGGACUAAUUGCAUUUGUAUAUAAAUUUCGUAAAUACGGGAGUCAUGGAAUUCGUCCUUGGUAUCGUGGAUACUAUGAUAUUGUUCGGCCGGAUGAUGAAAGAGCAAUGAAUUGGCGGGUUCCAGAGGAGUAUCCACCGGAAUAUUCGUCAAAUAGGCAGAAUGUAGACGCGAAACAUUAUAAAAGAGACUAUGUUGGAAGAUUUGGUCUCACAAUGAUUGCCGUAAGUAUAUUCCUUACGCUUCAAUACGUCGCUUCGUUGGAAUUAUGUAGCCAGAGCGAUGGCAAUACAAGUUCAUGUAACUGUACUGGUUGUUUGGAGGAAGUAGAUACUUUGAAAUAUCGAGAUUGGAUUUUGGUUGAGUUUAUCGGCUGUAGGUCAGAGUACAUUUUCAAUGCAACGGAAUUGAAGAACAGUAUUGCGAAAUGGUUAAAUGAGGAAUGUGGGUCUUCAUUAUUUUGUCAUGCGGACGGCAAAACUUCUGCUGGCAGCGUUUUAGUUCGUGAUUACAGUUGCUCUGGAAGAGAUCACUCCUUUAAAGUUUUGGUAUGGGACAACAGCAGCAAAAAUUCUGACCAACAAGAACAAGUCUCAACAAGAAUCCUGCUGAGUGUCAUCCGUAGUCGAGAGCAUCUUCUGGCUUCGAUGUUCCAUUCAGACCUGAAAGCGAUUUCUGUAGUGAAAGAGAAGGAUAGAAUAGCAAACAUUAAGGAUGGUGUUCGCUGGAAUUAUUUUCGUUUCACUUCGCUAACGUUUGCUAUUUUAUCGUUUUUCCCAUCCUUUGUGCUUUCAUUUUCUCUUGCUCUUUAUGUUACACGACGAUACUGUUUAUCGCAUCAAUCGUCACCAGAAAAUGAGCUUCCAGAAAAUGUGUUACUUCGAGCAGCAUCAUUGGAAAAAUAA